AUGAGAGCGGUAGUACUUGCACUGACUCUAGCCCUUGUGGGUAAGUACAGUUUUUAAAAAUCUUAUUCUAAUGCAGAUAUUAUAACUAACUUCAUGUAAAUAUAACUAAGUUAUGUAAAUAUUGAAAUGUACAGUUGUGUAUCUACGACAAUUUUUGGAAAUCUGAUCUAUGUUUUUGAAAAACAUUCAGUAAUAUAUUGUGACAAUUAUUUUUGUUUUAUCUUGUAGCGAGUCAACAUGUUAACUUUGGUAAGUACAUUUAUUUUCAUGGCUUUUAACUUAUGUUAAUUAGGUAGUUUAUCUUCUGCAUUUCUUUCUAGUUUAAUAAAUUAAGUAAAACAGUUAUCAGAUCACUAGAUCAUAAAAUAUGUUUUGAUUGUUAUUACAGCCCCUGAAUUUGCUGCCAGUAAGACCUAUGAGUACAAGUAUGAGGCACUGCUCCUGGGCGGUCUGCCUGAGGAGGGUCUGGCUAGAGCUGGAGUAAAAGUAAUCAGCAAAGUUCUUAUCAGUGCAGUUGCAGAGAAUACCUACUUGCUGAAGGUAUUUGUUACACAUGAAGUUCACACACAGACAAUAUCUUAAUGUGAUGUCCAUUACAUUGACUAAUACAUAUAUUGAUAUCUCCUUGUAGCUUGUGGACCCUGAGAUCUUUGAGUACAGUGGUGUGUGGCCCAAAGAUAAUUUCGUCCCAGCUGCAAAGCUCACUUCAGCCCUGGCUGCUCAGCUCUCCACUCCCAUCAAGUUUGAGUAUGCCAAUGGUGUUGUGGGUAAGGUAUUUGCCCCCACUGCUGUCUCUGAAACGGUGCUGAAUGUCCACAGAGGUAUCCUGAACAUUCUUCAGCUCAACAUCAAGAAGACACAGAACGUCUAUGAGUUGCAGGAGGUAAGACUUGUAUAUGUUCAUAUGUAGAUGCAAUACAUGUUUCAGUGAGCAAUGUUUGAGUUCCUCACUCAUGCUCUUUUGUGUUAGGCUGGAGCUCAGGGAGUGUGCAAGACCCACUAUGUGAUCAGUGAAGAUGCCAAGGCAGAGCGCAUCCAUUUGACCAAGACCAAGGAUCUCAAUAACUGUCAGGAGAGAAUCAUGAAAGACUUUGGUCUGGCUUACACAGAGAAGUGUGUAGAGUGCCAGCAGGUAUGAGCAUAAGUAUCUAUUUUUGGGGUUGGAAAGACAUUACCAGAAACACUUCACAUGACAGUACAAUUCUGUGUUUUGUCUACACAGAGAGGGAAGGCCCUGAGGGGAGCUGCCGCUUACAGCUACAUCAUGAAGCCCACUGCCACUGGUGCUCUGAUCAUGGAGGCAACUGUUACUGAGCUCCAUCAGUUCACACCAUUCAAUGAGAUGACAGGAGCUGCCCAAAUGGAAGCAAAGUAUGUUGGCUGAUUUGUGAUUCAAAAGGAAAACAUUUUCAUUUUAUUAAGCUUACAGGUUUAAAAGUUUCCCAUGAACUACCUUUCACAGACAAAUGUUGACCUUCGUUGAGAUCAAGAAGACUCCAAUUAUGCUCUUCGAUGCCAAAUAUGUUCACCGUGGAUCCAUUCAGUAUGAGUUUGCCACUGAGAUUCUCCAGACACCCAUUCAGCUCCUUAAGAUCAACAACGCACACACUCAGGUACAGUGACUCAUUUACUCUAUCUAUUACUUGAUACAUAAGCCUGAUAAUAUGUAAAGACAAAGAUGACAAAUGUUUAAUACAAAGAGCUCAUUAUACUUUUUUAGGCUGUGGAGAUCCUGAAUCAUCUGGUCACGUACAACAUGGCACAGGUCCAUGAAGAUGCUCCUCUUAAGUUUGUGCAGUUUAUUCAGCUCCUGCGCAUGGCAAGCUCUGAGAGUAUUGAGGCCAUCUGGGCUGAGUUCAAGGCCAAACCAGCUUACAGGUAAUAUUUUUUAAAUAAUUUUAUUCUGUGACAAUUUCUCAAACAAAGACACAGUGACAGAAAAACGUUAUUUUUCAGACACUGGAUCCUGGAUGCUGUCCCCUCCAUCGGAAGUCCAGUUGCUGUGAGAUUCAUCAAGGAUAAGUUUUUGGCUGGUGACAUCACUAUUGUUGAGGCUGCUCAGGCUCUGGUUGCCGCUGUGCAUAUGGUGACUGCUGAUCUGGACACUGUCAAGCUUGUUGAAGUAAGUAAACCUUUAACAUUUAAAUGAUGUUUAAGCUGUCUCAUAGAUUUCCUCAUUAAGAUGACUCAAAAUUGUCGCAUGAGGUGGUCUAGUGGUUAACACCACUACCUUCAACACAUAUGUGACCCACCACCUUGAUUCGGUCUUAUGUAGCAACAUUUGAAAUUGUGUUUUUUACAUUGGAUAAAAGUAGAGACUAAGAGCUAAAAAAUUGUAUAUCAUAUGCUGCAGUUGAGGAACAAUGGAAAAGUAAUUCUGCUUUUUAGAAAAUGUUCCUUGAAUGUUUUGGUACACCUACUGGAGAGCUCUUCUUUGUUUACACCUAUUCAGCAUCAUUCACACCCUCUUAAGCCUUUGCCCCACCCAUAUCUUUAAGGAUUCACAUGUGAGCCCAUGUGAUAAACAGAGUGAGUAAGGUAGUGUAGUAAAUAACCAAAGAUUUCAAGACUAAAAGUGAUGAAAGUAGUAGCCUAAAAUAAGGAAAAACUCCAGGUAAAAAUACACUUUAUCUAGUCCUUGGCCUAUAUCCUAAUCUGACUCUGAAAGUGUCCAGAUACAAAUAUUUUAUAAUUAUAGACUAUGCUUACCCUGACACUUUUCUAAAUUGAUGGGUCAUGUGAAAUAAAUGCUAUUUUAGUCAUUUAAGCAGACUCUCUUAUCCAGAGCGACUUACAGUUAGUGAGUGCACACAUUUAAAAAAAAAAUCAUACUGGCCCCCCAUGGGAAUCGAACCCACAACCCUGGCGUUGCAAACACCAUGCACUACCAACUGAACUACACGGGACACAUAUGUGCUCGUUGCCGUGUGGUUGCGAAUCCUGGACCCACUUUACUCCUUCUACACUGUCCUAGCUCUUCAAUAUUUUGUAAGAAAUUAUAUAAAGAAGACUCAAAAUAAUCAUUUUUUCGCCACCAGAGCCUGGCUUUCAACCACAAGAUUCAGACACACCCAGUUCUGCGUGAGAUCGCCAUGCUUGGUUAUGGUACCAUGGUUUCCAAAUAUUGUGUUGAAAAUCCCAACUGCCACGCUGAACUUGUGAAGGUAAACUGGAUGUAUUUUCCUACAAUCAUUUACAGUUACAUUUUAGUCAUUUAGCAGAUGCUCUUAUCCAGAGUGACUUACACUUAGUGCAUUCAUCUUGCGAUAGCUAGGUGAAACAACAACAUAACACAAUCGUAUCAAAUACAUUUUCCCUCAAAAAAGUAUUUAUCAGAAAAGUCAGUGCUAGUGGAAUACUCUUCAAAGAAGUAGGGUUUCAGACAUUUUCGAAAGAUGUCAUCUCAUAUAUAAGAUGAUCUACUGAUUGAGGUUAUUCAAACAUAUCUACUCCACAUGUCUUCCUGCAGCCCAUACACGACCUUGCUGUUGAGGCUGUUGCAAAGGGCAACUUUGAGGAACUCGACGUGGUUCUUAAAGUUCUGGGUAAUGCUGGCCAUCCUGCUAGCAUUAAACCAAUCACAAAGCUCCUGCCCGUGUUUGGAACUGCAGCUGCUGCUCUGCCCCUGAGAGUCCAGGCUGAUGCAGUAUUGGCCCUAAGGAACAUUGCUAAGAAGGAGCCUAGAAUGGUGAGUACAGUCCCUCCAUUAAAUAGCAAGUGACAACAUCAUCGUUCUCAUUGGUGAAGUCCACUCAAAUCUCUGCAUUAUUGUUGUGAAUUAGAUCCAGGAACUUGCUGUGCAGUUGUUCAUGGACAAGGCUCUCCACCCAGAGCUCCGCAUGGUUGCCUGCAUUGUUCUGUUUGAGACAAAGCCCCCAAUGGGUCUGGUGACUACCCUUGCUAACAUUCUGAAGACAGAGGAAAAUCUGCAGGUGGCUAGCUUCACCUACUCUCACAUGAAGUCCCUGACCAGGAGCACUGCCCCUGACUUUGCCCCAGUGUAAGAGCACCUUUUCACCUUUACAUGUCAAUAUAUCUCUCUCAAUUUCUAUUUCAUCAGGUUUAAUGACAUAGCUAGUAUUCCUUCAUUUUAGUGCUGCUGCCUGCAAUGUUGCUGUCAAGAUGCUCAGCACCAAAUUUGAAAGAUUGGGCUACCGCUUCAGUAAAGCCAUCCACAUGGAUGCCUAUUACAGUAAGGGCAUCCUCUUAUCCUCAUUUGCUUGCAAUGACUGACCUAUAGCAUCAUUCACUAAAUAUCAACAAAGUCAAUCAUUAACAGUCAUUUCUCACCUCUUAAAGGUCCCCUGAGGGUUGGUGCUGCUGCCAGUGCUUUCUACAUCAACGAUGCUGCCACCAUUUUGCCCAGAACCGUCGUGGCCAAAGCUCGCACCUACUUUGCUGGGGCAGCUGCUGAUGUUCUUGAGGUAAAGGCGUUUUUUUCAAAGUUCCUUGAAAUGAUAAUGAUUGAGUACAGUUAAAACACUUUUUCACUGUCCAAGCUUAAUUUCUGUCACUCAGGUUGGAGUGAGAACCGAGGGAAUCCAGGAGGCUCUUAUGAAAAUCCCCACAGUUCCUGAAAAUGUUGACAGGAUCACCAAGAUGAAGCGUGUCAUUAAGGCUGUAAGUAUCAAUGAUCAGUACAUGUUACACAGUUAUCUUCAAUUGCUUCAAUCCCUGUAGAUUUUUUAAAUUAAAUUGAUCAAUCAGGUUUGCUUUACUCAUCUAUCCACAGCUGUCUGACUGGAGGUCCCUAACCACAAGCAAGCCCCUGGCCUCCAUGUACGUGAAGUUCUUUGGACAGGAAAUUGCCUUUGCCAACAUCGACAAGUCCGUCAUCGAUCAGGCACUUCAGGUACAACAAAUGACAUAACUUAAUAGGUCUCCAAAAGUAUUCAUAAAACAUUCACAGUUGAGGGACAAAACAGCUAAACCUAAUAAUUUCCCACAGCUUGCCACCAGUCCUUCGGCACACGCUUUGGGAAAAAAUGCCUUGAAGGCACUGCUGUCUGGAGCUACUUUCCAGUAUGCUAAGCCCCUGCUGGCUGCAGAGGUGCGUCGCAUCUUCCCCACCUCUAUUGGUGUGCCUAUGGAGCUCAGUUUCUACACUGCUGCUGUCGCUAAAGCAUACGUCGAUGGUAACUAUAUCAUAAUAGUUAUUGGUUAGUAAUUCGUAGUUCUUCCCUAGAUCUCUGAUCUCCCAUAUGAAUGUGCUUUUAUCUUUAUGUUCAUAGUCCGUGCCACUCUGACACCUGCUCUGCCUGAAACCUUCCAUGCUGCCCAGCUGUUGAAAACAGACAUUCAGAUACACGCCGAAGUUAGACCAAGGUAGGUAUAAGACCAAUAUUUUCUGAUGACAUCAUUAGUACCACAAAUCUUGGUGAAUUGAAUUACUGUCUCCUCUUCCUGUAGCAUUGUCAUGCAUACAUUUGCUGUGAUGGGAGUGAACACUGCAUUCAUCCAGGCUGCUCUUAUGGCAAGAGCUAAGGUCCACACAAUUGUCCCUGCAAAAUUUGCAGCAAAGCUUGACAUCGCUAAUGGCAACUUCAAGAUCGAAGCUUUGCCUGUUUCCGCUCCUGAGCAUAUUGCUGCCGCACAGUAAGGGCAAUCUUUUUCUUGAUCAGAAAAAAGGAUGUAAUAGCUGUUUACAUUAAGUUCAUAUUUUCUUUACACGGCUGCCACACUACAGUUUUCUUGAUAUCUAUGUUCCUUCAAACAGCAUUGAGACCUUUGCUGUAGCAAGAAAUGUGGAGGAUCUCCCAGCCGAGAGAAUGACUCCCAUGAUUCCUGCCAAAGCAGUAGCAACAAGCGCACAGCUGUCCAGGGAGAAGUUCACAUCUAUGAUUGCAGACUCUGCUGCCUCUCUUGCUGGAAGUUUGGUGAGUUUGUAUGAAAUACUUGUUAAAAACUAAAUUCACACAAGCAUUGCCAAUCAGAGACUAUUAACCACAGACAGCAGACAUUUGAUACAUUUUGUGAAUUUAUAUUUCAGUCAAGAUCUUCCGAGAUCAUCAAUUCUGAUUUGCCAUCCAACUUCAAGCCCAUCAUUAAGGCAAUUGCAGUCCAGCUUGAGAAGACAAUCUGUGCCGAAAGGCUUGGAGUCAAGGCAUGCUUUGAAGUUGCCUCUAUGAAUGCUAGCUUCAUCAGAAACACUGUUUUCUACAACAUGAUUGGAAAUCAUUCAGUCAUUAUUGCUUUGAAACCAUGUAAGCAUUCAUUUGGUAAUAAGUUAAAUUCAGGAUAUACUUGCAAUAAUUUGUUGAUUUAUGCAUAUUAUUUUAGUUAUUUAUAAUUAUUUUCCAUAUUGAGCAGCAUCUGGACCCGCCAUCGAGAGACUGGAGAUUGAAGUGCAAGUUGGACCCAAGGCUGCAGGAAAGAUCAUCAAAGUCAUCACCAUGAACGAAGAGGAGGAAGCUCCUGAGGGAAAAACUGUACUGUUGAAGCUCAAGAAAAUUCUGGUACCUCAUCUGAAGAACAGCACCAGAUCUUCCUCCAGUUCCAGCAGCUCUCGUUCCAGCAGCUCUCGCUCUAGUAGUUCCCGCUCUAGAUCCAGAAAAUCAGGGCGCAUCAGCUCUUCCAGUUCUUCCAGUUCUUCCAGCUCUUCCAGCUCUUCCAGCUCUUCCAGCUCUUCCAGCUCCUCUAACUCCAGCUCCUCCAGCUCUCACCUCUCCAGGGUGAGGCUACUGUUUCUUUCAAUACUCUUUGAGUCAGAUAUUUAUGGAGUUGGCAAACAAGGCACACGCUUGUUGCAAACAUAGAUUGUAAAACUGUGAAGAGAAUUUAUUAAAUGUAAUGUUCUUUUUUCCAAAUAGGCUGAGGUUUACGACCGCAAAUUCAAGAAGAAUCACAAGGUACAAUAUUGAGGAUUUUUCAUCUAUGGUAUGGUUUACAAAAAUAAAUGUUUGUAGAGAAGUAUUUCCAUAAACGCCCUGAUGAUUUGUUUUGCUGUUUGUUUGCAGGUCUCUCAAGCCAUCUCCAAUGCCAGAGACUCCAGAAGCAAUAGCAGCGCCUCUAGCUUCCAUGCCAUCUACAAGCAGGUGACACGUCACCAUCAUAACUUGAGUCAAGAGAAUCAUCUCUUUCAUUGUGUGCCAUUGGGAGAGAGUGCAGAGAUAAAUUAACCUUAAAAUGUGUUUCUCUUCUCAGGCCAAAUUCCUUGGCAAAACUCUCACCCCUAAGGUGACCAUCCUCUUCCGUUUAGUGAGAGCUGACCAUAAGAUGGAGGGAUACCAGGUUGCUGCUUACUUGGACAAAGAUACUUCCAGACUGCAGAUCAUUCUGGCUGCCCUUGCUGAGAGUGACAACUGGAAACUGUGUGCUGAUGGUGUUCUGCUCAGCAAACACAAAGUCACUGUAAGAUCAAAUUUCUUGUAAACGGUGCUACAAAAUUGCCUUCUGAUCGUUUCUUACUAUUUAGAUUGUACUGUGGGUAACAAUGAUCUCUAUUGUAUACAACAUUUUUUUUACACUUUCUUUUGUUCUCCUAAUUAGGCCAAGAUUGCUUGGGGUGCAGAGUGCAAGGAAUAUAACAGCUUUAUCACUGCUGAGACUGGUCUUGUUGGUCCAAGCCCUGCAGCUCGUCUGAGGUUGUCUUGGGACAGACUCCCCAAGGUUCCCAAGGCUGUUUGGCGCUAUGUCAAGAUGUAUGGUUACUCAAUUUGUAAUUUACUAUUGAUAGCUGAAUGAUGUUACAGAAGAAAUUAAGAACAACUUCUGAUUUGUUUAACCUUCUCCCUUCUAGCGUGUCUGAGUACAUCCCUGAGUCCAUCCCAUCUUACCUGGCUGAAUUGGUUCCAAUCCAAAAAAACAAAAAUAGUGAGAAACAGAUUCAAUUCACUGUGGUUGCAACAUCUGAAAGGACCCUGGAUGUCAUUCUGAAAGCACCCAAGGUGAGGAACAUUGUUUUUCCCACAAUUGCAUUUUCUGCAGUUUUUCUUCUCCAGAGUUCUCUUCUUGGUUGACUGUUUCUGAUGAGGAUUUGUGUAUCUAAAUCACAGAUGACACUGUAUAAACUGGGUGUGACCCUCCCCUAUCCUCUGCCCAUUGGGUCUGUGACUGGUCUUUCUCCCUUUGAUGACAACAUUGUUAAAAAAAUCCACUACUUGUUAGCUGAAGCCAACGCAGGUAAGCAGAAACAGUUUUUAAAAAAACAAGAAAAAAAUAAUGCCACAGUAAAUGGAAAUUUACAACGUUAAAAAAGGCAAGGAAGGUAUAAAUUAACACUAUUGUUUUUCAGUUCAAUGUAGCAUGGUCAAAGACACAUUGACCACAUUUAACAACAGGAGGUACAAGAACGAGAUGCCUCUCUCUUGCUACCAAGUUUUGGCUCAGGAUUGCACCACAGAGCUCAAAUUCAUGGUUCUGCUGAAGAAGGAUCACGCACAUGAACAAAACCACAUCAAUGUGAAAAUUUCUGACAUGUGAGUAUUGUUUUAGAAAACAAUUGCUUUUGACACAAAUAUGUCUUAGUUCCAUCAAUAACAUAAUGUAUGAAAUGUUAUCUUUGAUACUUCCAGUGAUAUUGACAUGUACCCUAAAGAAAAUGAUGUGAUGGUGAAGGUCAAUGGAAAAGAAAUUCCCAUCAACAACCUCCCAUACCAGGACUCCUCAGGUUUCCCAUGCUCCUUCAAACUUAUUUAUCAACAUCACAAUAACUAGAAUCAUCUAAUGUACUGCAGUGAUAAGAUAAUAGAAAAUGGCCUCAUCCAUAAACUACAACAUUGUUUCUUUUCUUGCCUAAAGCUUCUAUCAAGAUCAGACAGAAGGGUGAAGGCUUGUCUCUCAAUGCCCCAAGCCAUGGUCUCCAAGAAGUCUACUUUGAUAAGAACUCAUGGAAGGUGAUUGGAAUCUUAUUUCAUAAUAUCAAUAAUACUGUAUCUUUACAUUCAAUUCAUAAAUAGUAUAUUACUUGUUUAAACUGUACUAAAACAUAAGCUAGAGUCGUUCUAAGUUGUUAUAUGAUUUUGGCACUCAGGUUGAAGUUGUGGACUGGAUGAAGGGACAGACUUGUGGAAUCUGUGGAAAGGCUGAUGGGGAAGUAAGACAGGAGUACCGUACACCCAGUGGCCGCCUGACCAAGAGCCCAGUCAGCUUUGCCCAUUCCUGGGUGCUUCCUUCUGAGAGCUGCCGGGAUACAUCUGGUAAGUCUUAGCCUACCGCCUAUGCAGCAUUACUUUAACAAAUGUCAGUUCAUUUAGUUAACAUAUUGUUACUGUACCUCUCUAUCUCAGAAUGUCGCAUGAAGCUUGAGUCUGUGAAACUGGAGAAGCAGGUGAUUGUUGAUGCCAAGGAGUCCAAAUGCUACUCUGUUGAGCCUGUGCUGCGCUGUCUGCCUGGAUGCCUCCCAGUGAGGACCACUCCCGUCACCAUUGGUUUCCACUGCCUGCCCGUCGGUGAGUCUACAAUGGACAACUGUUUUACUGAAGACACCAUACUGUAUCUGAUGUAUCCAAUAAAUACUGAUCUGCAGUUCCUACUUUCUUUCCAAUUACAGAUUCCAACCUGAACCGCUCUGAAGGUCUGAGCAGCAUCUAUGAGAAGAGUGUGGACCUGAGGGAGAAGGCAGAAGCUCAUGUGGCCUGUCGCUGCUCUGACCAGUGCAUGUAG